CUAGACUUAUGUUAAUUUCAUAACUUUUAUGUUGUGGGCUGCAAGAGGGGAAAUCAGAGGGUUUGGGAGCCACCAGCCUUCCAUGCGGGGCCCCCUCAUUAGUUAACGAAAGGAAACAGGUCAGUGCCUUCUGCGGGUCUUCGGCACUCUCAACAAUGUAUCCCUUACAGGAGAGGGGAGAGAGCUGGCUCUCCGGCAAGUCUCUCUGGAGGCUCUUCAAAACACAGUUACCAUGGACACAAACUUGACCGGGAGAGGAGUGUGUUUGUGUGUACACACUGUGCGAGGAAAGACGAGAAGGACUAGGGGUAAAGACAGGACUCUGUGUGUGCGUGCGCGCACGUGUAAAGGGAGGGAGUGUGCAGGUGCAGUUUGCAUGCGUGUAACUUUAAAAGCAUGAAAAAGUACGCUGAAGUAUGGUUCUGCUAUUAUACAACAUGUCCAGACUUAAAAAAGAAACACCGCACGACACUUCAAUGUUACCAUUGCCUUCUCCCGUGCUUACCGCCUGCAGCCGUGCGUGAUUGACUGCCAGCAAUCUGAUCCAGUGAAAGACAUUGACAACCAAUAGGAAGCGGAGUGCGGCUUGUUUCCAUGGGAGGCCCAGAGAGGCGAUGCCAAGGCGCUAGAAAGCAGCACAGCGAGCGGGGAGAAGCGCAGGCAGCAGCCGGGACUGUGGAGAUCCUGCAGCCGCUCUGUGGCGGAUGAAAGCGAGGUCGUUAGGGUGACCGGACAGGGGACUUUGCAGAUCGCUCGUCAAUUAAAGCCACAUCGGCGCAGAAUGGAUGGAUUUCACGACCAGCAAGUGCCUUACUGUAACUCCAAAAAGCCACAAGAAAAGACAACAAGCUGCCAGAGGCCAGCACAUGACAGAAAGAGAAAAUUCAUUAAGUCCAACUUGGCUCUGGACACUGAAGAGCUCUUCCAGGACCUCAGUCAGCUGCAGGAGACUUGGCUGGCAGAAGCUCAAGUUCCCGACAAUGACGAGCAGUUUGUUCCAGACUUCCAGACCGAAAACUCGGUUGGCAAACCAGCUUAGAGUGGCUUUCCACGGACUGCAGUUGAAGAUCAAGAGGGAGCUGCACAGCCCGUGUUCAGAGCUGAGCUCCAACUGUAGUCAGGAACGGCCCUUCAAGCUCCAGUAUGGAGAGAAGUGCCCAUACAACGUCAGUGCCUAUGAGCAGAAGCAGCCUGCAGGAAUGAAGCCCUCCAGCCCAGUGACUCCCCCCUGUAGCACCCCUGUGUCCCCCCUCCAUCAUGCCUCACCCACGGCGGCCCCAACACCCAAACCAGACAGGACCUACGCCCACAUACCACCCUCGCAGCCGCUCCCUGACAACGCCUACUCUAUGGACCACAGAUUUCGACGUCAGCUCUCAGAGCCGUGCCACUCGUUCCCCUCCCCGCCAACGAUGGCUCGGGACGGCCGGCCCAUCUACCACAGGCAGAUGUCAGAGCCCAACAUCCCCUUUCCUCCUCAAGGCUUCAAGCAGGAGUAUCCCGACCCCCUGUUCGAGCACCCGGCCAUGAUGGGGGCGCCACUACCGCACACAUACCCCGCCACCAUGAUGAUCAAACAGGAGCCGAGGGACUUCACCUAUGACUCAGCAGAAGUGCCUAGCUGCCAUUCUGUCUACUUACGGCAAGACGGCUAUUUGGCUCACACUAACAGGACUGAAGGUUGUAUGUUUGACAAAGUGGUGAGGCAUUUCUACGAUGACACCUGCGUGGUGCCUGAAAAGGUUGAAGGUGACAUCAAGCAGGAGUCGGGACUGUACCGCGAGGGCCCGUCGUACCAGCGCAGAGGCUCGCUGCAGCUGUGGCAGUUCCUGGUGGCUUUACUGGACGACCCGGCCAACUCCCACUUCAUCGCCUGGACUGGCCGCGGCAUGGAGUUCAAACUCAUCGAGCCAGAGGAGGUGGCACGUCGGUGGGGGAUACAGAAGAAUCGACCGGCGAUGAAUUACGACAAGCUCAGCCGAUCGUUGCGCUACUACUACGAGAAGGGGAUCAUGCAAAAGGUGGCCGGCGAGAGAUACGUCUACAAGUUUGUGUGCGACCCUGAGGCCUUGUUCUCUAUGGCGUUUCCCGACAAUCAGCGGCCGGUGCUGAAGACAGACAUGGAGCGGCAGAUCAACGAGGAGGACACGGUGCCACUGUCGCACUUUGACGAAAACAUGGCCUACGUACAGGAGGGGCCCUACUGCCAGCCGCACCCCUACAGCGAGGGCUAUGUUUAUUAACGUCAGCCCCACACACUCAAACACACACCUCCCCUCUCCCCUCCCCCGCUUACCUUCUCCGUCCAUACACCUAAGACUGUCAUGUCCUCUAAUUCACAGUCGCUCCAGGGAAUAAGACUGAACACUCACAUGAGGCGAAGCUUUCCCUUCUCUCUCGAUGUCUCACAUAAACACAUCCUCUAUUUUGCUCAUGUCUUUCUGACGUCCAAGCCGCACAGCAGGAUGGAGAGUGCACUUUAUGGACAGGAACGGCGUGGUGUUAACCUGCCAGGAACUAGCUAUGUGGUUGGCUUUUUACCGCUGUUUAUGUUUGUACAUUAAUGUGAGAAUCAUUCUGUUUGUUUGUUGUUUUUUUUAUUCUUAUGAUUUGGAGCAUGUGGCACCCUGAUGAGACAGGACUCAACGGCUAUUUCAUGGUCACCCAAGGACUGAAUCUUAGACUUCCUGCAAAAGAAACAGUCUUGUCUGCAUAUGAGAAGCAAAUCGGAGGAUAAUCACUGUUUUGUUCGACUGUCCUUAAGCUUGUCCUCAAACUGCCAUCCUGUACUUUCAUGCUCAUUUAAGUGCAUACUGGUAACGAUACGUUGAAGUAAUAGACUUGAAAAAGUAAUGUCAUAAUAAAAGACAAAUUCAGCUACCAUCAGUGAGAACUGCCUCACCACCAGAUUAAGCACAGCACCUCUGUCUGUCAAUGAUCUCUGCCCCUCGUCCAAUAAAAUUGUAGAUCUCAUCAUGUAGGUGUUUUUGCUGUAACAACAGCCAAACAGAAGCACUAACUUACGGGUUAAUACUUCCGGUCAGACUUGUGCUGAUUCACUCGAUUUGUAGUGAUAAAAAAUACUUUCUCCGCAUCACAUGUGAAUGGCCUGUGUUUAGGUUAAUCAAUAAAGCUAUAGGCCGCUGUAAAAUAACUCAUUCACUGUAAACAGAAGUUUUCCUUUGUAUUCUGAAAUACAUCAAAGCAGCAUUCAUUCAUUUGUCAUUCGGGUGUUCAGUUUUUCAAUUAAUAACAGGUAAAAGUGUAUGUACAGUUAAAGUGGACACAGCAAUCAAUCAACACAUUCGGGAUAUUAUUUGCAUCCCCAGAUAAAAAAUACAGAAGUGAUUUUAUUGGCGUAAACAAUAAAAAGCUAAAAAAAAAAAAAAUCAAACAU